UUCUACUUUUACCUUGGAUUGGUUCAUGGUUCUCUUUCUAUGAAAAUCUUCUUUUUUUUCGUAGUUCGCCAAAUUAGUGAUGACGUUCCGUAGUUAAUUGUAAAUUAAAAAGAUCAUUUUCUAGAAUAUUAUUGAACAAAAUGAAUGCAAACACCAAUGAAGAUGAGAAUCAAUCGUCUAUCGUCCCGGAUAUUAUAGAAAGUCCACGAAAAAGGAUGCGUACGGAUAACUUGACGCGCAAAAGUUGGAGUUUAAUGGACAGGAGGCCAGACACGGAGGUGUUCCAAGAAAUGGGUGUUAGCCUUUUAGAGCCUGACGACGGAGACAGCUGCGACACUAUGCCUGUUAAUAAUCACAAAUCAAGCCUGAAGCGAAAACGCGACAUAGAAAACGUAAACCCGAAUGUGAACGGUAUAAUAACGUCUCCCCGGGGCAAAUUUAGCCCCAAAUCUCCGCGGGGCAAGUUUAGCCCCAGCCCGGGGUCGUCGAGGAUCAAAAGCCCCAGGAGUUCUGAGAAAUUCAAGCCGCUACAGCCGUCAGACCAGAUCCUGGAGACGAGCAUCUGUGACGCGUACCAAGUAGACGAGGAGACCCCGGUGGCGCAGUCGGUGAGCGCGGACUACAAGGGGUUCGGUGCCGCGACGGCUGGGAGGACACGUAAAUGCAGUAACAUGGAGACUUUAAACUUGACGAUGGCCCAAGGAGUGACCCCAGACGGCCUGACCGCUAUACUGGAAGGCUGCAAUAGCCUGCAAUCAUUGAACGUGUCGUGGUGCAACCUGUCGGAGCCGAGCCUGGAGGCGCUGGUGGAGAAGCUGCCUCCGAAGCUGCAGCGGCUCAACCUGAGCGGCGCCAGGACACUCAGCGAUGACAUGGUGGUGACGUUGGUCGGCCGUUGUCCGAGACUGUUGGAGUUGGAUCUGUCGGACUGCUCGCGGCUCGGCGUGACGGCGCUCACAGCAUUGCUGACGCUCAGCCGGCUGGAGCACCUCGCGCUCAGCCGCUGCUACCUGCUGCCGCCGCACGCGUUCACCAAGUUGAGCAGCAUGUCGUCGCUGCAGUACCUGGAGGUGUGGGGCAUGCUGCCCACCUCCUCCACCAACGCGCUGCGAGCCGCUCUGCCAGCUAUACAGAUCAACCAGUUCAUGUUCAGCGCCAUCUCUCGGCCGACGGUUGGCACUCGACGAACUUCCAUAUGGGGCCUGAGGACACGAGACUGAAUACUAUAUACUACCAAUAUAUUAUAUGUACAUAAUUUAUUAUUAGUUUAUAAUUUUAUUAAAAUAAAUAAAAGUAUAAUUAAUUCGUUAAUAA